UUCAGUUCAAGUUGAGCGCUUUCUGACGUUCGUACAACGCAUUUCCGCGGCCGUCUGCAAUUCGCAUCUGCGGCGAGAAUUUCGCGAAAAUCCAACUGCAAUUUUCAGCAUUAUUCUACGGUGUACAAAUAUUGAAAAGCCCUUGGGAAAUUCGUGCUUUAUUGAAAAACCCAUUAGUUGUUUCGCGCGAAAUAGUGCUAUCAAGUGCCUGCAUUUACCGGAUUAAAUAUAACACAUCUAACACACACGCAACAUAGAAUGCGAAAUAUUUAUUUUUAAAACCCAUUCAAGUGCCAAAGAGAAAAGUUUUAUGCAAAUAAAGUAAUAGCAGUAAAUUAAAUAUUAAAAUCCAUCUGUCCGAAUAAAAUCCGUCGAAUGAAAAAUUCACAACAAGUGCAUCACAGCAAAUUGAAAAAUCUCUGCAGCGUUGGAAAAGUUGGGGCAAAAGUUUUGCAUUUGUUUUGGGUUGCGUUUUCCCCCCGCCGUUUUCCCCAUCUCGCGGUGACGCCUGCGCAGCUGUUUGGAAAAAUCUAAUUGGAUUAUUUUCUGCCAAACGGACAGCGGAAACGGAAGUUGGCUGCCAUUUGCAAUAGACUAACUAGCGCGGCCCCUCUGAAGAACCUGUCCAUGGAUUUAUGAGAGUUGCCCAGCCGCAGACGACGCGAUCCAGGUGCAGUUCCCGCUCCCGAUUCCGAUCCCGAUCUAAAUUCAGAUCGAUGUGGCCGGAGCCCACUGACUGAGGUCCGCCCGAAGGUAGAAAAUGGUGGACGUUUACCAGGAUGCCAGCAGCACGCUGCGCUCCGUGUUUCCCAACUCGCGGCUGGACUCGCUGGCCGGAGUGGAUCGCCGGGUGGAGAGUCAAUUGGCGGGACCGCCGGAUCCGGAUGCAGUCACCACGCCCUCGAGCAUUGGCUACAAUCCGCUCAACGACGACGACUGGUGGGCCAAUGCCAUCGAGGUGGACACCUUCGACUCACCGCUGGCCUUCGAUGCCAGCGAAAAUGGACUGUGGAACGGACACUUUGUGCCGCCGCCGCCCCGCCCGCCCUUCCUGGAUGAAAGCGUCGCCGCCGACGGCCUGACCACCUGUGAUCUGUGCACGUGGGCAUGGCAGCGGAAUGCCUACUCCCUGGACGGUUCGAUAGAAACCGCCGGUGAACUUGGAUGGGCAUUCACCCUAAUAAUAGUUUCAAUCAUAUCGGCUCUCAUAGGUGCUAUUGUAAUGGUCAUAGUUCUAAGAUGUAGAAGAAUUAAAUCAGCGAAUGCCAAUGGUGGUCGCCCGCAGCCCUGGUGGUGUCGCAAUAACCGAAACGGUGGCCAAAAUCGUUCGCCCAUCUCGAUCAAACACUCGGCGGACAGCAUCCGUCGGCCCACGAGCAACUCCGGCGUUUGGACCUGGCUGGGCGGCAGCCGUCGCUCGUCCGCCGGUCCCGACCAGAUCGGACCGCCGUCCACGUCGCCGGCGGAAAACCACUAUACCCACAUGGAGGACGCCUACAGUCCGGUGGGCGUGAGCGAGGCACUCUAUGCGGAACUCGAUCGCGAGUCCGUGCGAUCCGCCAACCCCUCGUACCAGAAUACGGCCUACAGUCAGUGCGGCGAGAAAUACAAUUACCAAGGCCACGAACAGGACAUUCCAAUGGUGGUGUCCUCGGCGCCGAGCAGUGCCUACUAUUCGGAUCUGUCGGUGACGGCGAUGCCCGGCGGAGCGAGCGGCAGUAAUCAGGGCGCCUACGAGAUUGUCGGACUGAACGUGAUGUCCCAGCCGCUGCCCAACUGGGAUCAUCAUGGCGGAGGAGGAGGAGGCGGAGGUGGGGGCGUCGGAGCCGCUGGAGCAGCGGCCGCCAUGCUUGGAGGAGGCGGUGGGGGCAAUGGAAUUACGGCCGGCGAGGCGGCGGCAAUGACGCAACGUCGAGGUCCUCGACUGGCGGCCAUCAACGAGACGAGCACCAGCACUGUGCCCUCGGACUAUGUCUAAAUGAAGAAGUUUAAAUACAAAUAAUGUGAAAUGUUCAGCGAGCUUAACAUGUUAAUAGAUUAUGGAUAUAUACGUUAUAUACACCCCAUAGUUGUAGGGUUAAACUUUAAACAUUAUAUUUAACACUUGUAUACCACUUAGUGCUUAUCGUUUAUGUCUGAAUUGUAAUCUGUACACGUUACCGAUAUAGGGAUAUAUUUAUACACACUUACAAGGCAAGAAUGUAUUAUAUGUCUAGUUUUUAUGUAGUCUCUAAGCAACGAUUUAAUCGUGGGUGAUAUUUAGCCUAAAAAUAUGCUAUAUUCUUAUGUUCUAUGUACUUUAAACAUUUUCUAAAAAUGUAAAAACGACAACAAGCGCAUUUUUCGUAGGCUAAGUGAAGAUGAGAAUGAACAAAACAAACCGUAUUUCCCCCCAGGAUCAGUACACGCAAGUAUAGAAACGAUAUAUACAUACGAAUACAACAUAUUUAUACACUCAUAUUUACAAAAGCCGAAAACGCAUUAAGCUCACCAGUAUAAAAAUACCUAUAUAUCUAUAACUUUAACUGAGGCAUCAUAUUUACAACGAUUUUAACGCAACAGAUUUCACCAUAUUUACCGGGGGAAAUGAUCAUGGCACGUCAUAUCAUUUACCACAUCAUUAUACAUAUGUAUGCAUAGCUAUCUAUAUACUAUACCAUAUACAAUAAACAGACUCACGACCCUUAGCAGAUGUACUUUAGUUUUUAGUAGCUCUGGCAUAAUGGAAAUCCACGCCUUAUUAAUUUAACAACACGCAAGAAAACACACUCACAAUUCCUGUAUAUUAUUGUUUUAGUUGAAAAUAUAAUUAAACAAUUUAUUGCUAUUUACAUUCUGAAUCCCAAA